AUGAAAGACGUCGCCAUGAAAGACUCGCUGUAUGAUCGCCUCUGGCGCCGGGAAUGCGGGGACAUGUCGCCGUACUCCGGGUUUCGGGGAAUUUAUGGCACGAAGGAAUGGAUUGAUGAUCUAGACAUUGUGAAUGAGCUAGGUGGCCAUACGGGAUGUGUCAAUGCCCUCAGUUGGUCGCGAUCAGGACGUCUACUGGCAUCUGGCUCGGAUGACCAGCAUCUGAACAUCUACUCCUACCAACCAGAAUCCUCCAAUGUCCCGUUUGCGCUCAACACUACCGUCUUCACCGGCCACCGCGCCAACAUUUUCUCAGUCAAGUUUAUGCCACACUCCAAUGAUCGAACCCUGGUUACUUGCGCGGGCGAUUCCCAGGUGCGCGUAUUUGAUAUCGAAUACUCCAGCCACAGCAACGUUGCUGCCACGUCGGCUUCUACAGCCUCGGCGCGGAGUCGGCGCUUCGAUAAUUUCUUUACUAGCACUCGAUAUCUCAAUGCGGAGAACACCAAUGCUAGGGUUUACCGGAGCCAUGCCGAUCGUGUCAAGCGAAUUGUCACCGAGUCAUCUCCCCAUCUCUUCCUUACAUGCUCUGAAGAUGGGGAGGUCCGGCAGUGGGAUCUGCGUCAGCCAUCUACAACUUACCCUCCACCUCGGGGCGGCCAGGGCUUCAUGGCAUACCGCCCGGGUUUGGAACACGAUGACUCCAAUGUGCCACCGCCUCUGAUCUCCUACAAGAAAUAUAGUUUGGACCUCAACACGAUCUCUUGCUCUCCGACUCAGCCACAUUACAUCGCUCUUGGCGGGGCUCACCUGCAUUGCUUUCUGCACGACCGGCGAAUGCUUGGCCGAGACCUCCUAGCUGAGAAGGGUAGCGUGGGCAGCUCGACCCCAAGUGCUGCCAGUGUCGAUGAAGAGAUGAACAAGGCGACACGAUGCGUGCGAAGAUUUGCGCCGGGUGGCAAGCGUCGAAUGAAAAAGCUCGACGAUGGCCAUAUAACCGCCUGUAAAAUCAGUGAUGCGAAUCCAGACGAGAUGGUGGUGAGCUGGUCCGGAGACCACAUCUAUAGUUUCGAUCUGAUCCGAAGCCCCGAUGCCCGGGAGGUUGGGUCUGGUGAAAAGAAAUCAACUUCAAAGGGCACGAGCACGAGCCACAGGCGCGGCUCGCACAGUCUAAAGCGCAAGCGUCAAAAACCCGAGUCAGCCUCCUCCCACGAAAGCGGCAAUCGGCAUCAGUCGAGGCGUCGUUCGGUAGAGCCUGAUGCAUUCAGAGUUCAAUAUGAGAAUGGCGAAUCUGAAGAUGUACCAUUCCCCUCCCUUUCAAACACUGCAUCUGACUCCCCAGAGGGUCUGCUCGAACGCGCGAGGUAUUCUGUCUUGAACGAUGCUCAGCGACUGAGUAUGCACAUUGCAAAGGGCUUGGUCAAGCUUCGCCGAGCCCUAUUCUCCCUAGAAGCAACAACUCGACAAACUGCAGAUGUUGCAGAGAAUGAUCUCUCGCUGUACGCGGACGCCUUUGCAUAUGCCUUGAGGCUAGCGUCGAUAUACCUGCCCCAGAUGGAUGAGGUUAUGAACCAAUGGGCGUACCCGAUGAACCCAUCUAGCGACACCGUUGCCUUCCAGCAAUCACUCCGCAGGAAUCGCCAAGCGACGUGGAGAUUCGUUCAGGCGAGCGGAGCUCUCGCGCGUACCCUAGCGAGGCGGACAGGGGGCGCAGAAGAAUGGAUAGACUUCCAGAGGAUCUUCCCUGCACCGGGUGAGGAUGAAUCUAUUGAUCCAAAAUCGCAGUUUGGCUAUGACUUUCUCAAAGCAAUUCUUCUUUGGCUGCAGGGUGGCAGAGAAGAGCUCCUCGAUGGAUUCAAGGCUGGUCGAGGUCCUCAACGAACCCAGGGGCGAUAUCCAAUUCCCAAAGAAGGCAAUGAAGAUACUAUCGACACAGUCUUGAUUCCUUAUCUCCAGAAUUUGGCUGGUGAUAUCCCCAUCGUCAAUGUGGAUGCAUCUCGCUUCGAGCACGAUGCUACACGCAUCGUCUUCCAGACUCAACGUGCAGCAGUGACAGCUUUUUCAAAUGCGGUGCGGCUACCUCUGGAGGAUUUGGGAACCACGGCCGCCAAGAUUGACAGGCGUCGUGUGUCCAGUUCUUCUUCGCAAGUUCGAUCCCUAGACCGGGAAUCUACCAUGAGAUUUUGGAUUCUUCGAGUAGGCAAGGGGGUCUUGAUGGAGGCGGGUAAUGGCGUCGAUUACGCUUUUGUCAACCGUGCUUUCGGUGGCUUGAAUACCACCAUCAACGACGACUCGGACAGCGAUUCAGACCAAGAGAGAAUCCAGGAAGACAUCGAUCCCAACGAGGAGGAAGAGCCCAUUCGGGAUAUUCACCUAGUGAACAUGGGUGGUUCUGCUACGCGGCGAAGUGCGCGUCAUCGCGAACUUCAUCUAGGAUCUUCUGCUGAAAAUGCUGUAUCCUCUAUAAAUGUUGACACUGAUACCAGCGAAGAUGAGACCUCCAAUGAUGGUGACGAGGACGAAGACGGGGUCGAGCUGUCAUCGGAUGAGGAAGAAGACGAUGACAGCGACACCGACCCCCUUACCCGACGAUUUCAAACUCGAAAGUCUCGGCGCGGUGACGUGGAGCUUGACGCGCCAUGCUCAUCUCACAUGAGGUCCUAUCGGGGCCAUUGCAAUAUCAAAACCGUCAAGGAUGUUAAUUUCUUCGGCCUGGACGACGAAUAUGUCGUGAGCGGCAGCGACUCGGGUCAUGUAUUUAUAUGGGACCGCAAGACCGCCAACUUGGUCAAUAUCCUAGAGGGGGACAGUGAGGUCGUCAAUGUUGUUCAAGGCCAUCCCUAUGAACCAACCAUCGCUGCAUCGGGGAUUGAUAAUACCAUCAAGAUCUUCUCCCCGGACCGGCGUGCCCAGGAGGAUGCUCAACAAGGGAUUAACAUCCUCGACCCGGAUAACCCGGCCAACAUGCUGAGCUCAGAUAUGGCUGAGUUCGGGGGUCUCCAGAGCCGAAAGCGAAUCCACGAGAACUACCGCAUAAUGAGCCAGAACGACGUGGAACGCCGCGGCGGCAUGAGCGAGGCCUAUAUCACUAGAAGUAUGCUGGCUCGUGUGGCUGCCACCCUGAGAGGCCGGCAGGCUCUCGGGGCUGCGACUGGCGGCCUGGCCGUCGAAGAUGGCGAAGAUGCCUCUGUGGUCCUGGAUGAGAACUGCCUGGUGAUGUAA